AUGUCUUUGACUAAGCCUACAGGUCUCCUGGAUCUACCACUUGAGAUCAGGUUUAUGAUCUACGAACAGCUGUUCGAGACAUCUUCUGAGUCGCUUGACGACAGGGAGCAGAGACUGAAUCACCCACUGAUGGCUGUAUGCAAGCAACUGCGUCAUGAAUCCCAACCUGUACUUAUGAGUGGCUUUCGAUUGACCCUGUCCGCUCUCACUCGUCGGCAUCUAUUGGACACUUACGGCUUUGACAACUCAGAUCGACUCAUGUUCCAACCUCUUGUUACUCGCCAAUGA